AUGAAGCGCCGUGCAGAAGACCCCAGUGACCAGGCCUCGACUAAACGCCCUCGUCAGCCACAGGUCGCGUGCGACUCGUGCCGCAGGAAGAAGCUCAAGUGCGACCGCGCAGACCCGUGCUCAAGCUGCGCGAUGCGCGGCCUGGUAUGCAUGGGACAGCCGAGCCCCCGCGGGCCGGUGUUAUCACAAACGAGUUUCGUUCCACCACUCCUAAGUGACGCCGGCGACCCGGACUCCAUUCUCGGCCGGCUCCGGAAGUUAGAGCAAGCCGUGUUCGGCGGGUCGACCACCACCGGAUCAUCAUCCGCGGAUCAUCAACCUCCGAUCGACCCGGAUCCCGAGACACGUAGAGACGACAGACGAUCAUCACAAACUCGUCGCCGAAAGUCCGGCUCCCCCCCAUCUCACCGGCCUUCCCCCGACAACGACGAAUGGCAGCAAACGGCCCGGUUCCUUGACUCAACUUACACCCGCAACGGCCUCAACAUCUCCCUACCCAACGACAAAAUAGAUUACCACAUCACCACCCUGUCCCAACUCCCAAGGACCCCCACCACACGCACGACGCCAGGCCAUACUCCCCUCUCCGAAACCGGGACCCGCUUCUCCGCCUGGCUCAUGACACGCGACGAGGCCCUCGCCCUCCUUCGUGCCUUCGUCGAGAACCCCUUCCACCUCCUCCCCAUCAUCCGCCUCCCCGCGGCACACGCCGUCGUCGACGCCUUCUACGCCGCCCUCGCCCGCAACAGGGACCCGAACCCGGCCCACGCCGCCCUGAUCCUCGGCAUCGCCGCCUCGAGCGCCUUCUUCGACCUCGACGGCGGCUCCGGCGCACCUCCCUUUGCCUCGGCCGAGGACGCCACCCGCACCGCCCUCGUCUGGCUCCGCUCUGCGCUCCAGCUCCUCGACAACUUCAGCCGCGGCGCGAGCGGCGCCGGCUGCCUCGAGGAGGUCCAGGCCCGCUGCGUGUUGGCCAACCUGGUCUACAACAUGGAGGGCUGCUCCGCGCGCUUCCGCUUCCUGCACGGGUGCUCUCUGGCCGCGGCGCGGGAGAUUGGUUUGCACGUCGUCGACGGCGCGUCGUCAAAGCAGAAUCCGACGGCCGACGACGCCGCGACCAGGGAGAUCAAGAGGAGGGUGUGGUGGCACAUCGCGGCCACCGACUGGAUGCUCGGCUUGAUGGGCGGACCAACAGACGGCACGUACAACGUCCAACCGCGCCAUACAAACGUCAACCUCCCGCGCAACGUCAACGACGACGAAACAAGCCUCGCCGAUGAAGCCCUCACGCUUUCCCUCUCCAUUCCAACCUCGCUAACCUGCUUCCUCAAACGACUUCAGCUCGCCGGCAUCGCCCGCGCCAUCAUCGACGCCCGCGGCCCCGGCGCGCCGGACGCUGACAUCACCGACUACGACAAGAUCCUCGGCCUAGACCGCCUCUUCCGUGACGCCCUGGCCGACUUCCCGCCCUUCCUCCGCCCGGACGGGCCCAUUCCGCCCACCGCGCCGCGACAAUUCGCCCUGCAGAGGGACGUCAUCCUCCUCGCCUUCCACUCCCGGCGCGCCCGACUUCAUCGCCCCUCCCUCCUGCAUGACAGUCAGGACGCACAAUACCGGCUGUCGCGCGACAUCUGUCUGCAGUCGGCGCGGACGGCGCUCUCCGUCGCCACGAGCAUCCUCCGCGCCGCCUCGCGGGGCGGGGAACCCGGCGCCGCGGGAAGCGAGAGGGCGAUGGGCUGCCGCAUGGGCUGCGUCAUCGGGCACAUGUUCAUGGCGUGUACGAUCCUGGCUCUAAACUCCGGGUCGGAUGCCGGUCGUGCAGGUCCGAGAGACGAUGGGAGCGAUGCGACGACGGAGACGCACGCCGAGGUUGCGCGGGCUUGCCGCGACCUCGCCUCGGUCGGGAAGGAGUCGGCGGUGGCGCGGACGCUCGUCCGCAACCUUGCGGGCGUGCUGCGCCGGUAUCGCGUCCAAGGGGUGGAGGACGUUGAUUCAGAGACGUGCCGUACGAACUCACCUGGCGGGGGAGGAGAUAGACCGAGCGAGAUCGGUGAAGAGAACAUGGCAUGUGGCAGGGGGACGGGCGGUGACAUCAGCGGAUAUGAUAUUGGAUACUCCGACACGCUGGGCGACGGCGAUGAUCUCGGCCUCGACGGGCUCUGGAAGGACAUUUUGGUCGACACGACCACGUCCGGAUGGGACCAACUGUUUGCCGGCCUCGACACGUAUUGCGGCCCGACCUGA